AUUCAACUACCCUUUUAUAAUACUUGUUUAUACUAUUAUUACUUGUAAUAUUUAAAUCGCCCUAUAUAAAAUGUUACAUUUUGUAUAGCCUAAAUUAUGAAACCACAUCAAAUUAUUUAUCAAUGUGGUUUUCUUCAAUCACAUUGGGUUUUAUCCUUACUCUUCUAAUCUCCACCACCAAUGCUAUCACAAACAAAAAGCAAAUCUCUAAAAACAUCAUCAAUGACUUCAUAUCUCUUCAAAACCAAGCUCGGGCCGCCCUACGUGUGCCACCACUGGUAUGGGACCCACGACUAGCGCGUUAUGCAGAAACGUAUGCUAGCCAAAGAAGGCAAGAUUGCUUGUUAAAGCAUUCAAAUGGGCCUUAUGGAGAGAACAUCUUUUGGGGAAGUGGUAAUGGGUGGAACCCGGCUCAAGCUGCUGCGGCGUGGGUUGGAGAGCAGAGAUGGUACACGUAUGGAUCGAAUUCGUGUAACGGAGGACAAGAGUGUGGGCAUUACACACAGAUUGUUUGGAAGACAAGUAGGAGAAUUGGGUGCUCUAGAGUGACUUGUUUUCAAGGUAGAGGUGUUUUCAUGAUUUGCAAUUAUGAUCCUCCAGGGAACUAUAUUGGUGAAAAACCUUACUAAAUUUUGUGCAUGAAAUUUUAUGUGUGAUAGUUUCAUGAUCAGAUGCUAUGCUAUAUAUCCACAUCCUUAUAUACGUAUUAAUGCCAUGUGUGUAUUUACACUUAUUUAUUUAUUCAA